AUGUCUACGAACGCAAGUAGCACUUUGAAGCGUAAGAAUGAAGAAGUUGAUCUGUCCCAGGACGAUCAACUCAACAAAAGAGUUGCGUUGGACAGUGAGCAAGUUGAGUUGAGUGAGAAGCAAGAAGAAGACGCUCACACGGCUCCUGCAAUUUACGAUGGCCAUCAAACCCAAGAAGAAAAUGAAGUAGAAAAUGGCGAAGAGCAUAUUGAGAACGGCGAUGAUGUAGAAAAUGAAUCUGAAGAUGACCAAUAUGAAGCCAAGGGCUCCAUUGAUGGACCAGAAAGUGCUGCCGCCACUUCUAACGAUGCAGCCUACGAUGCUGAAACUGUCUUGGAGAACAUCACAGCUGCCGCUGCCGCCGCUGCUGCCGCUUCUGCUGCUGCUUCUGCCGGCUCAAACCAUAAUAUUGUCAACACUGCGGAUGUCUAUCAGGACUCAAAUGAAUCUAAGCCUAUUUCCAACCAUCGCGAGAAAGAAGGUGAUCCCACAUAUGUUAGUUUCAGAAUGUACUGUCCGGUCAAGGAAGCUUCUGCAAUUGUAGGUAAGAAGGGAGAAAAAAUCAAUCAUAUUAGAGACAAAGCAGGCGUCAGAAUCAAUGUCAGUGAAAAUUUAAAGAACGUGCCAGAGAGAAUCGUUCUGGUUAGAGGACCUGCUGAAAACGUUGCCAGAGCCUUUGGGUUAAUUGCAAGAACCAUCUUGGAAGAACCUGAAGACGAACCUGCCUCGAUGAUGAGUAAACCAUACGACUUAAAACUUUUGGUACCACACCCAAUGGUUGGAUAUAUUAUUGGUAGACAGGGAACGAAAUUUAGAGAAAUUGAAGAACAAUCGGCUGCUAAGUUGAAGGCCGCUGAACAGCCUCUUCCAUAUUCAACAGAUAGAAUUUUGUCUAUUACCGGAGUUGGAGAUGCUAUUCAUAUCGCUAUAUAUUACAUUUCACAGGUAUUCAUUGAACAUAAAGACUGCUUGAAGAAAAAUAAAGUAAUAUACUACAACCCUGCCAACUACCAACAUGGACAACAGCCCCAACAAUUUGGUGGUGUUGGCCAAAACCAGCCUUUACAACAACAGCAGCAACAGCAGCAACCUAUCCAGCAACAACAAUAUCACCACUCAGCUCCUGGUGGUGGCCCACAGGGAAUAGUACCAGGAGGUCAAAUGAACCACCAAUCUCCGUACAGUAACAACCCAAACUACUCACAAUUAAAUGCUAAUCCUGGAAAUCCAUAUCAACAGCAACAGCAACAACAUCAACAGAAUAAACAACCUUACAAUUUCCAAAUGAUGUUCCAGCCUGCGGUUCACCCGCAACAGUAUGGUGCACCAGUGCCAAACCCUGCCACUCAAAUGGGAGGUCCACCACCAGGAGCAGUUCCUCAAACCCAAUAUACAGAUGAACACGGUAACACGAUCAUUGGUGAUGUUAUAACAAAUCCACCGGUUCCAGCUGGAGGAAACCCAGAUAAGUUCAAUGAAGAUAUUUACGUUGCCAACGUUAACAUUGGUUCUGUAAUCGGAAAGGGGGGUAACAACAUUAAGCAGAUCCGUUUGAACAGUGGAUGUACAUAUGUUAAGAUUGAACCAGAUCAACGUCAAUCCAUUAUGCUUGGAGGAGGUAAGGGCUUAACUAGUAUUAGAAAAUUAACUUUGACUGGUUCCAUUCAAGCCAUUAACACUGCCAUUUACUUGAUCAACCAAAGAAUUGCAGUGGACAAGGAAAGGAAUUCUCACUAA